AUGCGCGUUUUCAAUUAUGCAUCACAGCCUUCAUGGAUGGGUUUGCUGGCCGCAGCUCUACUGGGCACUUCAACUGUGCAAGCGAUAGAGCUGGACCUUGAGGAUGGAGCCAAACUGGUCGCCACCAACAUGAUGAGCUACUACACUGGUAUGAAUCCUGGUGAUAACCCAGGUAAUCUACCGGAUCCAUACUACUGGUGGGAGGCGGGUGCGAUGUUCAACAGCCUUAUCGAUUACUGGUUCUACACGGGCGAUGAUACUUGGAACGACAUCACGAUUCAAGGUUUGCUCUGGCAGGCUGGAGAGAACAAAGCAUUCAUGCCAGCCAACCAGAGCAAAACCGAGGGAAAUGACGACCAAGUCUUCUGGGCCUUCGCUGCUAUGACUGCAGCGGAGCGAAACUUCCCAAACCCGCCAGAAGGCCAACCCCAAUGGCUUGAAAUGGCCCAGGCCGUCUUCAACACUCAAGCUCCCCGGUGGGAUACUUCUUCGUGUGUGGGGAUUUUCACAUGGAACAAUGGCUACAAUUAUAAAAACACCAUCUCCACUGGCGGAUUCUUCAAUCUUGCUUCUCGUCUGGCAAAGUACACCAACAACCAAACGUACCAGGAUUGGGCUGAGAAGGCCUGGGACUGGACUGCCGAAGUUGGAUUCAUGACCCCCGAGUAUCGGUUCUUGGAUGGAGCUAGUGACCUCACUGAGUGCAAGCCAAUCAACCAGAUUGAAUGGACUUACAACGCUGGGGUAUACUUGCUUGGCGCAGCUAAUAUGUACAAUUUGACCGAAGAACCCAAAUGGAAGGAGCGCACCGAAAAGAUCGUCAAUGCUUCCAGUAUUUUCUUCUCUCACGACCCGCCCAACGUUAUGUACGAGCGAGCCUGUGAGACCGUCAAUACUUGCAUGGUCGACCAGCGGUCUUUCAAGGGAUAUCUUUCCCGCUGGAUGGCUCAAACUGCUCAGAUGGCCCCUUUCACAUACGACACAAUCAUGAAACGGUUAAAAGCCUCUGCACAGGCAGCUGCCAAGACUUGUACCGGUGGUAUCAAUAAGAAUGUGUGUGGUCUCAAGUGGACAGAGCAAAAGUGGGAUAAGACGAAAGACUUUGGUCAGCAGAUGGCUACCCUUGAAGUGAUUCAAGCGAAUCUGAUCACGCAUGUGGCAGCCCCGGUCACCAACGACGACGGUGGGACGAGUAAAGGCAAUCCGAAUGCUGGUACUAAGCCCGAAAGGCAAAUCCCGCCUGGUCUCGACUACGAUAUAACUUCAGGCGACAAGGCUGGUGCAGGCAUUUUGACUGUGCUGUUCAUGAUUGGCAUUGGCGGUUCCACUGGUUGGCUCAUUUGGGAUCAAGCCAAGACAUUUACGAUGAGACCAGCAAAAAGAGGGGUUGCAUACGUUGCAAUCACGUGUCCAUCGAACGACUCUUGA